AUGCUCCGCAAUCCUUUCCUCAGCACGCCCGCGUGCUCUAUGUCGUCCAUAUUCCCAUCCCAUCACCAUUCUCCGCUGACUGCGGUGCCUGCAACCCCACAGGAUGGCUGUGGUUGGUGUGUGUUCUGCGUGACGCGCUGCUGCUACUGGUGGCACUCACCCGCCCACCCCCACUGCUGCAGCUGCCUGGUGCAUUCUCUCCUCUCACUCUCUUUCCGCCACAGUAGCGCAUCGGCCAUGGCACACCGCCGCCUACGGGGCACAGCUCGUGCUUGUGCCUGCUGUCUCUUUCUCCUAGCGAUUAUGAUUGGCUUCCAACAAAUGAAUGCCAGAUAUUCGUUUCUGGUCGGUGAGUGCCCAUUUGACGAAGCACCACAAGAUCCUGUCGCCGAGCCACGGACCUACCCUACAGCAUUUGACAACCAUUCUCUGCAGUACGUCCCACGCAGUGUUGUGCGCACGUGGGGGGAGCGUGAUUUCCUCGUUGUGCUCGCCAUCCCGUCCAUCGAG